AUGACAUCUCCACCAACAACCAUGACAUCUCCACCAACAACCACGACAUCUCCACCAACAACCACAACACAAUCCCAAACUACCAAAACACAAAUACCACCAACAACAACACCACAAGCACCAACAACCACAACAGUUGCACCAAUAACCACAACAGCUGCACAAACAACCAAAACUCAAGCACCAACAACCACGACAGCUGCAUCUACAACCACGACAGCUGCAACAAAAACCUCGACAGCUGCACCAACAACAACGACUGUUGCAGCAACAACAACGACUGUUGCACCACCAACCACGACUGCUGCACCAACAACUACGACAGCUGAACCAACAUCCACGACAGCUGCACCAACAAUCACGACUGUUGCAGCAACAACAAUGACUGUUGCACCAACAACCAUGACUACUGCACCAACAACCACAACAGCUGCACCAACAACCACGACAGCUGCACCAACAACAACGACUGUUGCACCACCAACCACGACUGCUGCACCAACAACUACGACAGCUGAACCAACAUCCACGACAGCUGCACCAACAAUCACUACUGUUGCAGCAACAAAAAUGACUGUUGCACCAACAACCAUGACUACUGCACCAACAAGCACAACAGCUUCACCAACAACCACGACAGCUGCACCAACAACCACGACUGUUGCAGCAACAACAACGACUGUUGCACCAACAACCACGACUGCUGCACCAACAACUACGACAGCUGCACCAACAACCACGACAACUACACCAACACCCACUACAGCUGCAGCAACAUCAACUACAGCUGCACCAACAACCAUGACAUCUGCACCAACAACAACGACUGUCGCACCAACAACCACGACUGCUGCACCAAAACCCACGACUGCAGCACAAACAUCCAAUACAGCUGCAUCAACAACCACAACUGCUGCACCAACAUCGACUACAGCUGAACCAACAACCACAACAGCUUUACCAACAACCACGACUACUCCAACAUCAUCUACUCCAGCUGCACCAAGAACCACAACAGCUGCACCAACAACCACGACUACUGCUCCAACAUCUACUACAGCUGCACCAACAUCUACUACAGCUGCAUCAACAACCACGACAGCUUCACCAACAACCACUGCAGCUGUACCAACAUCUACUACAGCUGCACCAACAACCACAACUAUGGCACCAACAACCUCGACAGCUUUACCAGCAACCACUACAUCUGCAGCAACCACAACGAAUACUGCAACAACAUCAACUUCAGCUGAACCAACAAACAUGACAGCUGCACCAACAUCCACGACAUUUGCACCAACAUCCACUACAGCUGCACAAACAACCACGACAGCUGCAUCAACAUAUUCUACAGCUGCACUAACAACCACAACAGCUGCACCAACAUCCACACCAGCUGCAGCAACAACCACGAAAGCUGCACCAACAACCACAACUGUUGCACCAACAACAACAACUGUUGCACCAACAACGAUUACAGCUGCACCAACAACCACAACUGCUUCACCAACAACAACGACAGCUGCACCAACACCCACGACAGCUACAACUGCUGCACCAACAACCACAACAGCUGCAACAACAACAACCACAUCUGCUGCACCAACAACCACAACAGUUGCACCAACAACCACAACAGCUGCACCAACAACCACAACUGCUGCACCAACAACCACAACAGGUGCAACAACAACCACAACUGCUGCACCAACAACCACAACAGCUGCACCAACAACCACAACAGCUGCACCAACAACCACAACUGCUGCACCAACAACCACAACAGCUGCAACAACAACCACAACUGCUGCACCAACAACCACUACAGCUGUACCAACAUCUACGAAAGCUGCACCAAGAACCACAACAGCUGCACCAACAACCACGACUACUCCAAGAUCAUCUACUCCGGCUGCACCAACAACUACUACAGCUGCACCAACAACCACAACAUCUACAACAACAACCACAACUGCUGCACCAACAACCACAACAGUUGCACCAACAAUCACAACAGCUGCAUCAAUCACUACUACAGCUGCACCAACAUCUACGAAAGCUGCACCAAGAACCACAACAGCUGCACCAACAACCACAACAGCUGCAACAACAACCACAACUGCUGCACCAACAACCACUACAGCUGUACCAACAUCUACGAAAGCUGCACCAAGAACCACAACAGCUGCACCAACAACCACGACUACUCCAAGAUCAUCUACUCCGGCUGCACCAACAACUACUACAGCUGCACCAACAACCACAACAGCUACAACAACAACCCCAACUGCUGCACCAACAACCACAACAGUUGCACCAACAAUCACAACAGCUGCAUCAAUCACUAUUACAGCUGUACCAACAUCUACAACAGCUGCACCAAGAACCACAACAGCUGCACCAACAACUACUACAGCUGCACCAACAAAAACGACAGCUGCACCAACAACCACAACAGCUGCACCAACAACCACAACUGCUGCACCAACAACCACAACAGCUGCAACAACAACCACAACUGCUGCACCAACAACCACUACAGCUGUACCAACAUCUACGAAAGCUGCACCAAGAACCACAACAGCUGCACCAACAACCACGACUACUCCAAUAUCAUCUACUCCGGCUGCACCAACAACUACUACAGCUGCACCAACAACCACAACAGCUACAACAACAACCACAACUGCUGCACCAACAACCACAACAGUUACACCAACAAGCACAACAGCUGCAUCAAUCACUACUACAGCUGUACCAACAUCUACGAAAGCUGCACCAAGAACCACAACAGCUGCACCAACAACCACGACUACUCCAACAUCAUCUACUCCAGCUGCACCAACAUCUACAACAGCUGCACCAAGAACCACAACAGCUGCACAAACAACUACUACAGCUGCACCAACAAAAACGACAGCUGCACCAACAACCACGCCAGCUGCACCAACAACCACGCCAGCUGCACCAACAACCACAACAGCUUCACCAACAACCACAACAGCUGCACCAAGAACCACUACAGCUGAACCAGCAUCCACUACAGCUGCACAAAAAACCACGACAGCUGCACCGACAACCACAACUGCUUCACCAACAACAACAACCACGACUGCUACACCAACAACCACGACAGUUUCACCAACAACCACUGCAGCUGUUCCAACAUCUACAACAGCUGCACCAACAACCACUACAGCUGCACCAACAACCACUACAGCUGCACCAACAACCACUACAGCUGCACCAACAACCACUACAGCUGCACCAACAACC